CAACACGCCCUACCACAAAGGAUCGCUUGGAGCUGAAGACCAGUUGGAACGGAGGGCUACACUGCUAGUGUGCACUGGGGUAUGACCUCUGCUGACCUUGACAGCAUGGAACUUCUGGACCUCUUGUUUGACCAGCAGGACGGUGUCCUUCGCAAUGUGGAGUUUGGACCCUCCGUGGCAAAUUGGCUGGAACCGGAAGACAGUCACUUGCUCAGUACCAAAGAGAACGAGGAUUUCAUCAGCUCCAUCCUGGGUUCUUCAGAUGCUGUCCUUGACUCCCCAGCCUGGUCUCCGGCUGCCAGUGACAGUGGAAUAUCCGAGGACCGAAAUUCUGACCAGCUGGACAGCCCUCCGCACUAUGUGCCGACGGGCAGCCCGGAAGCCUACUCAGACGGUGGCUCACACAGCGAUCUGGCUUAUCCCCCGUGCCAGGACUCCUGCCAAGCCAUGCCUGUUUUGAAGGCACCCGCUGCCGAACUGAGGGAGGCCGAGGUGGCUAUAGACUUCCAUAUGUGGGAUUCAGAAUUUUACUCUGAGGAGGGGCAACAGUUAGCCACCAGCCAUGUGGCUUCACCCUCCUGCACUCUGACAAUAAAGGACCUUCUUCUGUCUAACAACAGUGAGAUGCAGCAGCAGGCCAUGAACCCAUCCCUGGCCCGGCAAGGUCCUGCGACUUGCCAGGAGCUGAUCCUGACAGAGGAUGAGAAGAAGCUGCUGGCCAAGGAAGGGGUGGCAUUGCCCACCCAACUGCCCCUCACCAAGUAUGAGGAAAGGAUGCUGAAGAAGAUCCGCAGGAAGAUCCGCAACAAGCAAUCCGCACAGGAAAGUCGGAAGAAGAAGAAGGAAUAUAUCGAUGGGCUGGAGAGCCGGAUGUCUGCCUGCACAGCCCAGAACCAAGAGUUGCAAAGGAAAGUGGUUCACCUGGAGAAGCAGAACUUGUCGCUCCUGCAGCAGCUGAAGAAGCUUCAGGCCUUGGUGUUGCAGUCCAGCAGCAAGGCAGCACAAACUGGCACGUGUGUUGCGGUCCUGCUGCUCUCCUUUGCACUGAUCAUCUUCCCUACCAUCAGCCCUUUUGCCCACGACAAAGCGAAGAUGGAAAGUGACUUUGCACCUGUGAGGGUUUUUUCCAGGUCCUUGCACAAUGAUGCUUCGUCCAGGAUUGCCUAUUCCCUGGCGAGGGAUGCAAAACCCAGGGCUGAGGAAGCAGAGAAGCCCCUGUGGGCUGAAUACGCCCAUGAGGGGCACGGCGAGCAGGACGAAAUGCACGGCAAGCCCACCUCCAGCCACAUCUUCCCAGGCCUACGCAAGGGGGGAGAGGCCCUCCUGAGCAAUGCCACAGGGGCCUUCCUGGAGGGCGGGGGCCCACUCGCGGAGGGACCUGGAGGCAGCGACCGUGUUGCUGGGCAUGGCUUGGGGUCGGUGGCGUGGACAGAGCCUGCGCAGCCCCGCAAGUUGGCCCUGGAGCAGGCCGAAGAGCUGUGACCCCCCCCCCCCCCCGGCUGCCUCUCCACAUGGUAUACUGAGAACUUAAUUGGGGCAGUGCUCUGGAUGCCCGGAAGGGCAGGCAGACCGACCAACUGCUGUCCUGCGGAGCAAGGAGGCAGGAUACGGAUUUGGCUGGAGCACGAAGCCCAUACGAGAAGGCAUGAAGAGUGCCCUUUCCCCCCUACCUCCGUCAGUGGACUGCCUCAAAAAGAACAGGUGGCCAGAUUUGUGUCGCUGGGCUAUUUCUCAUCUCACCUUUGGUUUUUAAGUAAAAGGGAAUUCUCCCACUGUGCCCUCCCCUCCAGUGAUGUCACAAGGGCAUUGGAAACAAGGUGCCAGCAGUUUAGUACUAGGCAUGGGGAGUGGGGGUGGGAAGCAUGCCCUCUGACCCUCAGAAAUCUAACUGGGGGGCUUUGAAAUUCCAUCAGGCAUUGCUCUCAUAUUCAAACAUAUUGUUGCAGCAAUGAGAGCUAGAAACUUUAAAAAAAUAAAACCCAAAUUUUGAAAUCAUGGCAAGGACACAUCCUUGGCUACACUCCUCUUAUUGCAGAGUAAGAGUUGAAAAGGUGCCAAAGGGUCAUGCAUUCCAACAUUUGUCAGCUUUGCUUCAUGUUUUAUACAAUGAGCCUGAUCUCAUGCAGCCCCUGCCCCCACUCCACAGGACCCACAAUAGAAUCAUAUAAUUAGAGUUGGAAGGGGCCAAGAAGGGCAUUAGAUCCAACCUCUACUAUUGUAGGACACCAGUUCGCACCAUCCCACUCAGAUGGCUGUCUGGUUUCUUCUUGAAUGUCUCCAGGGUGGGAAAGCUCACAAACUCUCUGGGCAACUGGUUCCAGUGCUACAUUGCUCUGAUCCUGAGGAAGCUUUUCUGAUAUCCUGUAUCUCGGUUGUUGCAAUUUGACUUAUUCCGUGUCCUACACUCUGGCA